GGCGCAUGUGCCGUCCCGCCCCUCCCAGCGCGGCGGCCCGGGAGCGGCAGCGCCGAGCGGGCAGGCAGCAUGAAGGACCGGACCGGGGAGCUGCGCGCCGCAAAGGACAGUGAUGACGAUGAUGAAGUCACUGUCAGCGUGGACCGGGAUCGCUUCAUGGAUGAGUUCUUUGAACAGGUGGAAGAAAUUCGAGGGUUCAUUGAUAAAAUUUCGGAGAACGUGGAAGAAGUGAAGAGGAAGCAUAGUGCCAUUCUUGCUUCGCCCAACCCAGAUGAGAAAACGAAGGAGGAACUGGAAGAGUUAAUGUCCGACAUAAAAAAGACAGCAAACAAAGUGCGCUCCAAGCUAAAGAGUAUUGAACAGAGUAUUGAGCAAGAGGAAGGACUGAAUAGGUCAUCUGCUGACUUGAGAAUAAGGAAAACUCAGCACUCGACGCUGUCACGCAAGUUCGUGGAAGUGAUGUCCGAGUACAACGCCACGCAGACCGACUACAGGGAGCGCUGCAAAGGGAGGAUUCAAAGGCAGCUGGAAAUCACCGGCAGGACCACGACCAGUGAGGAGCUGGAGGACAUGCUGGAGAGUGGGAACCCAGCCAUCUUCUCUUCUGGGAUCAUUAUGGAUUCAAACAUCACCAAGCAGGCACUGAAUGAGAUUGAGACACGGCACAGUGAGAUCAUCAAACUGGAGAACAGCAUCCGAGAGCUGCAUGACAUGUUUAUGGACAUGGCCAUGCUGGUGGAGAGCCAGGGUGAGAUGAUCGACCGCAUCGAGUACAACGUGGAGCACUCCGUGGACUACGUGGAGCGGGCCGUGUCUGACACCAUAAAAGCGAUGAAGUACCAGAACAAAGCCAGACGGAAGAAGAUCAUGAUCAUUAUCUGCUGCGUGAUCGUGGGUAUCGUCAUUGCCUCCACCUUUGGCGGCAUUUUCGGCUAGACUCUCCCCGCGGGACUGUUUGUGUGCGAUGGACGGAGCCGUGUGUGCCGCAGGGCCGCAGCUGAGCUGGAGCCGAACCACGCAGCCCCGGAGCCUCCCAGCAGCAUUUCAGUUUCUAAUGCAUGGUUGUUUGUGACGCUGUGUGUGCGGUGCGGUGCGUCUGUGUGGAGGGAGCACCGGCCCCGGGGCACAGGUGGGGUGCAGGGGCCUGUGAUGGGCGUGAGGGGGGACCACGGGGGCAACCCGAGCUCCCAUCACUGCCCCAGCCUGGGUGGCUGGCUGGGACCAGGGUGGGAACGGGUACUCUUGGGUGCUGCUGCUCCUUCUGUGCUGGGCAGCCUGAGUGAGUCAGCCACAGCCAAGGGCAGGAAGGGACUAGCAAAGGGUGUUACGGGGUUCUCGGGAGUGUAGUGCCCAGCCACCCUCCCCCGGCAUUGCCAUCACUCCAUGUAGAGCCCUCACAUCUGUCAGCCUCCUGUGUGCUUGAAAGCCACCAUCCUUGGGCUGCUUCUCUCACGGGGCACCUCCCCAGGCGUGUACUCUGCCUGCCCUGCUCCCUCCUGCACUGCCCUCCCCACAGCUGUACCCAGCUGCAGGUCCCUGCUCUGCAGCCGCAGCAGGAGCCAGUGAUGGGGCCACCCCCUCCCUAGGCAAGCCCUCACUCUGGUGCGGGUGCCUGGGGCUGGAUGUGGUGCUGCCAGCUGGGUGGGAGCAAGGCCACGGUGCUGCGGGGGUGGAGGGGCUCACUCCUGCCCCAGGGCCUUGUCCCAGCCCUGGCUGAUAUUGGGGAAUGAGGUACUGCUGCUUGGGGCCAUCACUGCUGUUCAGGGAUGGGGCACAUGGGGACCUGUGCUGCACUCCUGGCAGGGCCUGAAGGCAUGGAUAGUACAAGGCCAGCAGUAUGUGCCAGGCACUUGCCCUGCUCCAAAAAAAAAAAAAAAAAAAAAAAAAAAUCCCUUCAUUCUCAGCCCCAGCAGGCAGUAGCCUCCCUCCCGCUACUCCCAGGCCCAGGCUCUGACUGUCAGUGUUUGGGGCUGGCUCUGACACUCACAGACCCAUAUGGUGUUUGGCUGGGAGCAGGGCUUUUCCCAGCCUAGUUCCCCCAUGCAGGCACCCACGAGCUGGGGCUUGGAGACAGGCACAUUGCCUCUGGUCCCAAGGAUUGGCCCUGGUUGCACCCCUCACCUCACAGGCUGGGAGCAGCA